AUGUAUCUCAAGUCCAUUGCUACAGGACUGCUGCUCGCAGGCAGCGCCCUGGCGUCGGCAAUGCCUGGGCAGUCAGUCGUCAGAUCCGCAUCAGAGCAUCAUCCACGCAAGAUCGCGCCCAAGAUCUUCAUUGUCUCCAUGUUCGAGCCCGAAGCGACGGUAUGGUGGGGUAUCCCCGACUUUGAUCUGCUGGCGCACAACAUCACCGUGCCAGGUGCUUCACCCAUCUAUCCGGAUGUCUAUUGCACAGCCGACUAUAGCAUCUGCCAGCUCAUCACCGGCGAAGGCGAGAUCAACGCCGCCAUCACCGUGUCGUCCGUCGCCUUCUCGCCCCUCUUCGACCUCACGCACACCUAUUUCCUGAUCGCAGGCAUUGCCGGGAUCAGCCCCAAGGCGGCCACGAUCGGCGGCGUGACCUUUGCUCGGUACGCUGUGCAAGUGGCUCUGCAGUACGAGAUCGACCUCCGCGAUCUCCCCGCCAACGCGACCUCCCCGUACUUCCCACAGGGCGCAAAGAAACCCGGCGAAUACCCCGGCGCCAUCUACGGCACCGAAGUCUUCGAAGUCAACGCCGACCUGCGCUCCAUCGCCGCCUCCUUUGCGCGGACUGCCGAUCUAGCUGAUUCCGACACCGCAAAGCGGUAUCGCAGCAACUAUGCCACAGCAGACGGCAUCUACGCCGCCGGCACCCAGGCGCCCUCAGUCGUCGAGUGCGACGUCUCCACCACCGACGUGUUCUUCAGCGGGAGCACCCUCGACGAGAUCUUCGAGGAUACGCUCACCGUCUGGACGAACGGGACGGGAAGCUACUGCUCGACGGCGCAGGAGGACAAUGCCACGCUCGAGGCGCUUCUGCGGGCCGCGAAGCACCGACGCGUCGACUUUGCGCGGAUCAUCGUCAUGCGCACCGGGUCGAACUUUGAUCGGCCGUAUCCCGGGCAGUCGGCGUUGGAUAAUCUGAUAUAUGCUGACCAGGGAGGGUUUGGGCCUUCGGUUCAAAAUCUGUACAAUGCCGGCAUCAAAGUCGUGGAUGGCAUCCUGGCCGGAUGGAAUACGACGUUUGCGGUGGGCGUGAAGGCAAGCAAUUAUCUUGGAGAUGAGUUUGGGACUCUGGGAGGGAAGCCUGAUUUUGGGCCAGGGCGCGCGAUUGCCUUGAAGGAAGGGAGCGCACUGAAGAGGAGAGGAAUCCAUAAAGGUGGGAGGAGAUGGUAG